AUGUCCAAAAGCUUGAAAAAGAAAAGCCACUGGACUAGCAAAGUCCAUGAGAGUGUCAUUGGCAGGAACCCGGAGGGCCAGCUGGGCUUUGAACUGAAGGGGGGUGCCGAGAAUGGACAGUUCCCCUACCUGGGGGAGGUGAAGCCUGGCAAGGUGGUCUAUGAGAGCGGCAGCAAGUUGGUGUCGGAGGAGCUGCUGCUGGAGGUGAACGAGACCCCCGUGGCGGGGCUCACCAUCAGGGAUGUGCUGGCCGUGAUCAAACACUGCAAGGACCCCCUCCGGCUCAAAUGUGUCAAGCAAGGAGGAAUUGUUGAUAAGGACCUUCGUCACUACCUCAACUUACGAUUUCAGAAGGGUUCUGUCGACCACGAACUCCAACAAAUCAUUCGUGACAACCUCUACCUCCGCACGGUGCCAUGCACCACAAGGCCACAUAAGGAGGGUGAGGUUCCUGGAGUGGACUAUAUUUUCAUCACUGUUGAAGAUUUUAUGGAAUUGGAGAAAAGUGGUGCUCUCCUAGAAAGUGGGACUUAUGAAGACAAUUACUACGGUACCCCAAAGCCUCCAGCAGAACCAGCACCAUUAUUGUUAAAUGUAACAGACCAGAUACUUCCGGGAGCCACUCCAAGUGCUGAAGGAAAACGGAAGAGGAAUAAAUCAGUGAGCAACAUGGAGAAAGCAAGUAUAGAGCCUCCCGAGGAGGAAGAGGAAGAGAGGCCUGUGGUCAACGGAAAUGGAGUGGUAGUAACACCAGAAUCCAGUGAACAUGAAGACAAGAGUGCAGGUGCCUCAGGGGAGACGCCCUCCCAGCCUUACCCUGCACCAGUGUACAGUCAACCGGAGGAGCUAAAGGAACAGAUGGAUGACACAAAGCCAACCAAACCAGAAGACAGUGAGGAAUCAGACCCGUUGCCUGAUAACUGGGAAAUGGCCUAUACAGAGAAGGGCGAAGUCUACUUCAUUGACCAUAACACAAAGACAACAUCAUGGCUGGAUCCACGACUUGCGAAAAAGGCUAAACCUCCAGAAGAGUGCAAAGAAAAUGAGCUUCCAUAUGGCUGGGAAAAAAUCGAUGAUCCCAUUUAUGGCACUUAUUAUGUUGACCACAUAAAUAGAAGAACACAGUUUGAGAAUCCUGUCCUGGAAGCAAAAAGGAAGCUACAGCAGCAUAACAUGCCCCACACCGAACUUGGAACAAAGCCCCUGCAGGCCCCAGGUUUCCGAGAAAAACCACUCUUCACCCGGGAUGCAUCCCAGUUGAAGGGAACAUUCCUCAGCACCACCUUAAAAAAGAGCAACAUGGGUUUCGGAUUUACCAUCAUUGGUGGAGAUGAGCCUGAUGAGUUUCUGCAGGUGAAAAGCGUGAUUCCAGACGGGCCUGCCGCACAGGAUGGGAAGAUGGAAACAGGUGAUGUCAUCGUCUACAUUAAUGAAGUGUGUGUCCUCGGACACACUCACGCAGAUGUCGUCAAACUUUUCCAAUCCGUUCCUAUCGGUCAGAGUGUCAACCUGGUGUUGUGUCGUGGCUACCCUUUGCCUUUUGACCCCGAAGAUCCUGCUAACAGCAUGGUGCCACCCCUUGCAAUAAUGGAGAGGCCACCUCCAGUGAUGGUCAACGGGAGACAUAACUAUGAAACGUAUUUGGAAUACAUUUCUCGGACCUCACAGUCGGUUCCAGAUAUAACAGAUCGGCCGCCUCACUCUUUGCACUCCAUGCCAGCUGAUGGCCAGCUAGAUGGCACGUACCCACCACCCGUCCAUGAUGACAAUGUGUCUAUGGCUUCGUCUGGGGCCACCCAAGCUGAACUCAUGACCCUAACCAUUGUGAAAGGUGCCCAGGGCUUUGGCUUCACGAUUGCCGACAGUCCUACAGGACAGCGGGUGAAACAAAUACUUGACAUUCAGGGAUGCCCUGGCCUGUGUGAAGGUGACCUCAUUGUUGAGAUCAACCAGCAGAAUGUACAGAACCUGAGCCAUACAGAAGUAGUGGAUAUACUUAAGGACUGUCCCAUUGGAAGUGAGACUUCUUUGAUUAUCCAUCGAGGAGGUUUCUUUUCUCCAUGGAAAACUCCAAAGCCUAUAACAGACCGAUGGGAGAAUCAAGGCAGUCCUCAAACAAGUUUAUCUGCUCCGGCCGUCCCGCAGAACCUGCCCUUCCCACCCGCCCUUCACAGGAGUUCCUUUCCUGACUCAACAGAGGCCUUUGACCCACGGAAGCCUGACCCAUAUGAGCUCUACGAGAAAUCUAGGGCCAUUUAUGAAAGUAGGCAACAAGUGCCACCCAGGACCAGUUUUCGGAUGGAUUCCUCUGGUCCAGAUUAUAAGGAACUGGAUGUUCACCUUCGGAGGAUGGAGUCUGGAUUUGGCUUCAGAAUCCUCGGGGGAGAUGAACCUGGACAGCCUAUUUUGAUUGGAGCCGUCAUUGCCAUGGGCUCAGCUGAUAGAGACGGCCGCCUACACCCAGGAGACGAGCUCGUCUACGUGGAUGGGAUUCCAGUGGCUGGCAAGACCCACCGCUACGUCAUCGACCUUAUGCACCACGCAGCCCGCAAUGGGCAGGUGAACCUCACUGUGAGAAGAAAGGUGCUAUGUGGAGGGGAGCCCUGCCCAGAGAAUGGGAGGAGCCCAGGCUCCGUAUCAACCCACCACAGCUCUCCGCGCAGUGACUACGCCACCUACACCAACAGCAACCACGCCGCCCCCAGCAGCAACGCCUCUCCUCCCGAAGGCUUCGCCUCGCACAGCCUGCAGACCAGCGACGUGGUCAUUCACCGCAAAGAGAAUGAAGGCUUUGGCUUUGUCAUCAUCAGCUCGCUCAACAGGCCUGAGUCUGGAUCCACUAUAACUGUGCCCCAUAAAAUCGGACGCAUCAUUGAAGGGAGUCCUGCAGAUCGCUGUGCAAAACUAAAAGUGGGAGACCGGAUCUUAGCGGUGAACGGCCAGUCCAUCAUCAACAUGCCUCACGCUGACAUCGUGAAGCUCAUCAAGGACGCAGGUCUCAGUGUCACCCUUCGUAUCAUUCCUCAGGAGGAGCUCAACAGCCCGGCCUCAGCACCCAGCUCAGAGAAGCAGAGCCCCAUGGCACAGCAGCAGAGCCCUGUGGCCCAGCAGAGUCCUCUGGCCCAGCCCAGCCCGGCCACCCCCAACAGCCCUGUCGCCCAACCAGCUCCUCCUCAACCACUUCAACUACAAGGACCUGAAAAUAGUUACAGGUCGGAAGUAAAAGCAAGGCAAGACGUGAAACCGGACAUCCGACAGCCACCGUUCACGGACUACAGGCAGCCCCCACUGGACUAUAGGCAGCCACCAGGUGGGGAUUACCAGCAGCCCCCACCCUUGGACUACAGGCAGCCUCCCCUGCUGGACUACAGGCAGCACUCCCCGGACACCAGGCAGUACCCACUGUCAGACUACAGGCAGCCCCAGGAUUUCGAUUAUUUCACUGUGGACAUGGAGAAAGGAGCCAAAGGAUUUGGAUUCAGCAUCCGUGGAGGAAGGGAAUACAAAAUGGAUUUGUACGUGUUGAGAUUGGCAGAAGAUGGGCCAGCAAUAAGGAAUGGAAGGAUGAGGGUAGGAGAUCAGAUCAUUGAGAUCAACGGGGAAAGCACACGGGACAUGACGCACGCCCGAGCCAUAGAGCUCAUCAAGUCUGGAGGACGGAGGGCGCGGCUGCUGCUGAAGCGGGGCACAGGGCAGGUCCCAGAGUAUGACGAACCCCCCGCCUGGAGUGCUCCCGCUGCCGCCGCCCCAGGCCUGCCGGAAGUAGGCGCCCCGGCGGAGGACGGCCUCUCUCCAUUCUCUCCAUCGCAUCCAGCCCCACCCUCCGACCCUUCCCACCAGAUAAGCCCAGACCCAACUUGGGAUAUCAAAAGGGAACACGACGUUAGGAAACCAAAGGAGCUUUCAGCCUGCGGCCAGAAGAAGCAGCGCCUCGGGGAGCAGAGGGAGCGCUCGGCCAGUCCGCAGAGGGCCGCGCGGCCGAGGCUCGAGGAGGCGCCCGGCGGCCAGGGGCGGGCGGCGGGGGCUGCCCUUGGACCCGGGGGCGCCCCCGCGCGCAAGACCGCGGUAGCGCCGGGGCCCUGGAAGGUGCCGGGCUCAGACAAGCUGCCGGGCGCGCUCAAACCCGGCGCCUCGGCCGCGGGCAGAUGA